AUGGGAAUUAACGCUCGUCCUGACACGAUGCAUGCAUGGAGGAAGCACAAGGGAAACACAGAGCCGGUCUGGGAGAUUUUACCGGUCCCAUCAACACCUCCCGAUGGACUUUUGAUCAAAUUGCUGGCUUCUGGAGUCUGUCACAGCGAUCAACCGUUGCUUGAUAUAGAAGACCGUCUGAAUUUCAAUGAGCGAUACAUUCUAGGCCAUGAGGGAUGCGGAGAGAUCGUUGAGAUUGGAGAGGAAAUCAGCGAUUCCAGAUUUCAAGUGGUAUCCAAGACCUCGACAACACCGAAAAUCCUAGUAACUGAUGGAAUCAUCAAAUUUAGGGCGGCCGAGUGGCUCUCGUGGCUGUUCCGGGCUGCGGACUCCCAAACUGCACCGAGUGCUCGCGCAACCUAUCACAGCUUUGCCCUGCUGGCAUGCACCAUGGUAUUGGUCAAGACGGAUUCUAUGCAGACUCCUGCUGUGGCAGCGGUUGCCACGGAUGCCGUCACGACAGCUUAUCAUGGCAUUACUCGCCGAGCUGAGGUGAAAAGGGAGGAGAUCAUCUUUCUCUUCGGGCUUGGAGGCCUUGGAUUUAAUGCCUUACAAAUCGUCCGACAUAUCGGCGCCCGCGUCAUCGUGUCGGAUCUCCGGCAAGAGAAGCUCGAUGCAGCGCUCGCAUUGGGAGUUCCACAAGAGGACAUUGUACCGGUCGGAACGUCGGUCCAGGCUUUUGUACAGGAGAGCGGACUGCAGGGGAAGAUCGACACUGUACUGGAAUUUGUUGGCAAGCAUCAAACCUUCCAAGAUGCCCAACAGAUUGUCCGCUUGGGAGGCAAGAUUCUCUGCGUGGGGACACUGGAUCGCACGAAUGAACUCGAUAUGAAGAAUGGGAUUCGGAAGCGCCUGAGUAUUAUUUUCACUUAUGGAGGACAGCAGCGCGAUCUGGUCGAGGUGCUCGAUCUCAUCGCUCGGAAGGUGAUUCAACCACAAGUCGAGAUUGGCCGCUUAUGCGACUUCCCAACAGUCUUGAAAGCCCUCGGAGAUGGCAAGAUUCGAGAUCGAGUGGCCUUGGUGUCUGACUUGGUGGCGAGGGAUGGGUAG